CCCGUUUUCGAGUCAACGCGCUGCAGCAGCCUGCUCAUUCACCGGAGUCUAGAUCGAGAUAUCCUAAGGGUGUCUAAGGAACAUUUCAUUCAGGGCGCCUCUGCAUAAUCGCACUUCGCACCUUUGCCCUGAACGAGCCUCAAAGGCACCCCUCCUGCUGCAGCAGUCACUCUUUCUUUCCCCAACCUUCCCGCCUACAGCGCUUUGAUUCGUACUGCGGCGCGUUUACCGUUCCAUCGAGACCAUGAAAUCCGCAGUGCUCGCUGCAGCCGCUCUCUACUCUGGCAACGCCUUUGCGGCGACCAGCUACAGCCUCGUCAAGGAGUACUCUGGCUCCAACUUCUUCGACAGCUGGGUCUUUUACGACAACUAUGAUAAUACUACCAACGGUGACGUCGAGUACGUGAGCCAGACGAACGCGACGGAGAGCAAGCUUGCGUACGUGGACAGCAACGGCGCCGCAAUCAUCAAGGUCGACAACACCUCAUUCGUGCCCUGGGAUGACAAGCGUGACUCUGUCCGCAUCACCACCUCAGACUUCUUCGAAUCUGGCUCAGUCAUCAUCUUUGAUGCAUCGCAUAUGCCGUAUGGAUGCUCGAUAUGGCCUAGCUUCUGGACGAAGGGCGAGAACUGGCCGGACGGCGGGGAAAUCGACAUCAUGGAGGGGAUCAACGGCAUGACUGCGAACCAGAUGGCAUUGCAUACCGACGCAGGUUGCAACGCAUCCAGCAGCGCGACGUACUCCGGCACGAUCGGCGCGACCAACUGUAAUGCGACCUCCGGCUGUCAAUUCAGCGAGACUCAGGACAAUAGCUACGGUGCAGGCUUUGCAUCAAACGGCGGUGGCGUCUUCGCGACGCUCUGGGACGACACGCAGAUCGCGAUCUGGUUCUGGACGAGGAGCAGCGUGCCGUCGUCCGUGUCGAGCGCGACGAGCAGCAUCGACAUCUCCGACUGGGGCAAGCCAUCGGCGAACUACACGUCCACGGACUGCAGCAUUGCGAAGGCGUUCGCGCCGCAGCAGCUCGUGCUCGACAUCACGAUGUGCGGCGAUUGGGCGGGCGUGGACACGGUGUACGAAGAUACUUGCACCAUCCAGGGCACUGCGAACUCGAGCUCGUGCUAUCUCCAAAACGUCUACAACAACGGGAACCAGACUGCUCUCGCGUCGGCGUACUUUAGUAUCAACUACAUCAAGGCGUUCAACGCGAAUGGCGUGGUCCUGAGCGCGGACGGCACGACGACGAGCGUGGACGCGAGUAGCGUGUACGCGUCGGCGACGGUGAGCGGGGGAGCAUCCAGCUCGACGUCGAGCAGCUCAGCUGCCGGGCCAGCGGUGACGAGGCUAGGUGGUGCGGCGAAGGUCUGGGCUGUGGUUGCGAGUACUAUGGGUGCACUGUUUGCCUGGACGCUCAUGUAAGCGGGGGUCCGAGAGUCUCGUAUCCAGAAUGGAACAUCGAGACUUCACCAGCUUCACUACUUGUUCCGACAAUUGACACUGCGCGUAAUCGCCGGACUUUUUAUGU